GAAGACCAGUAACGGCUAGGCAAUUGGGGUUAAGUGGCUUGCCCAAGGUCCCACAGCUAAGAAAUGUCUGAGAUCAAACUUGAACACAAGACUUUUUAUCUCCAGGUCUGGCUUUCUAUCCACCAAGCUACCCAGCUGCCUUCUCAUCUGUAAAUUGUGAAGUAUAUUAAUUUGUAAUCGAAUAAUGAUCUCUGAGAAUUUUUUAAAGGAUCUGAGACUCAAACUAAAAAGAGACCAACUUUACAAUAUGAUUUAUUCAUUCUGUCUGGUUCAUUUUCUUAGGAAAAUAAGAUAUAUUUGGGCAAAAGCAAGCUUAAGAUUGGAAAUAGGAGAUAGUGUUAUGGGUGUGGAAGGAUACCCUUUGGGGUUCGGAAAGGAUACCUUUUGCAAGCAUGCAAUGACUCCAGACUUAGCUUAAAAACAAAAAGAGAUUUAUUAAUUUAGGAAGUAAUGUUGAGAGUGGCCAGGAGGAUAGCAAGGUAGAACAGCAAGGUUGGGGGCAGUUCCUUGGGAGGACAGCAUGAAAGGAAAGGCUGUUCCUCCAUGAGGACAGCAUGGAUGGAGAGGCUGUCCCCCAGACAACAUCAGUUCUGGGAUUUAUAUACUCUUCAGAUGCUCUGUCCAGGUGUGGACAUGACCAGAAUGUUAGUCCCUCAGGCAUUUGGUGGGGUGGUCAUCUGCCUGGAGGCAUAGAGAUUCAUUUCUUUGUCCACCUUAAAUCUAGAGGACAAAAGAGGGUAAACAUCUCAGGACCCUGGGUGGGGUCAUUGGGUGUUUCUAGGUUAAGAGUCACAAGGAUGCAAGGGCAAAGGAGUUUUCCCUGAUAAUAGUUGGCCUGGGUUUCUGGGGGGUACAGUGCCCAUGUCAAUAGGAUAAUACAUUUUCAACAAGAUUUCCACAUUGGCUGUCUCUUAAGUGUAUAUGAAAAGUGUUGAAGCAUUUCUGUAUAUUCAAUUCUGUUAUGACACUGAGAAGUUAUACUGUUUAUGUUAAGGAUGCAGAUUUUGCCUUAACACAAGGAAAAACUUCCUAACUGUUAGCUUAAAAUGGAAAGGGCUUAAAAAAAAUGGAAAGGGCCAACUUAGAGACAUCAAAGGUCUUUAAGGAGUUGUAAAAUAACUUAGUCUUGAGUUGUAGUUGAGAUUCAUGAUUUGAUUAGAUACUGGACUAGAUAACCUUUGAUUCUCUGUUUUAAAAAUUGAUUUUUCUAAGUUUUUUUGGUAAUGCUCUAUUGAAUGAAGUUAUUUACCCUGAGUCAAGUGUCAUUUUAAAAAAUAAUAUAUGAAAAGAACAUACUCCUUUAGGUAAAUUUUUACAAACUGCAAAUUUCCCCCAAAUGUGUAUGCUUAUAAUUAUCUUACAGGUGAUUAGAGGUCAGUCAGGCUCCAGUCUUAUGGGGAAUGACUAUUCCUUGCCCCUGAUUUUUGACAAUGAAAUAGUACCUUUCUCAAAUUUUUUUAUAGUUAAUUUUAACUCAAUUCUUUAAAAAAUGCUAGCACCUCCUGCUGCCUACAUUUUAAAGGCAUUUUCCAUGUUUAUUAAAGAAAAUAAGAUGAUUGUCAUUCAGUUCUUACAGAUCAGAUGCAAAGUUUAAGAUAUUUAGAUAUUCCAUUCUGAAUAAGAAUCUAUUUCUCUUGUUUCCCCUGGUUAUUUUGUGAAGCUAGAGUUUUCAUCCAUUUGCACUUAAAUAGCCUCUCUAGGAUAGAAGUGAUGGGGGAUGGGGUGAGUUAAGUUUGCAGUCUCCAUAUUAAUUCUGCAAUCUUUUCAGGGUAUUGGGUUAGUAACAAUCCAGUAGUGAAAGGGCCCAUUAGGUAAAUUUGGCUUUAAGAAUGUUAAUUGAAAGUCCCCUUCACCCAUUCAAUCCUUUUCUCUCUGCCUUUCUUCAGUUGCUGGGGUCCCAUGGUGACCAUCAUUGAAAGAAAUCAUCCUCUUCAGCAGUUACACAACACCAUGGCAACUGGGACAUCAGCUGAGCUGGAUGGUUGCUAAAUACACAGCUAGAGGCUUCCUUCCUACUUUGAAGCAGGCACUGAGCCAGGGCAAAGGCGGAGAAUAGACAUGAACGUGCUCGAAAGCUUCUACCGUGAUCUGUGGCUGUUUGGAGACUCCUGUUCAAGGGGGAUUACUGGCAGAGAACACCCAAGGAGAAGACAUCUGAGAUGAGGUCAUGAGUAAGGAUUAUUAGAUGGGAAGAUCAAGAAAAUUCCAUAGAUAGUAUAUACCUGGAUGUCAGCAUGGCAUUUGAUGAAGCUUUUCAUGAUGUCUUUGAGGACAAGAUGACGACGUGUAGGCUAAAUGAGAGUAUAGUCUGGUGGAUUUGGAAUUGGUUCAGUAACUGGACUCAAAGAAUGAGUUGAGGGAGAAAGGAUGAACAUGGGUUUUGAUCACACAACAGAUGAGAGCAAACCUCUUCUGGUCAUCCCAACAGUAUUGGUGCCACUUCAGAACAACAGCCACCUUAAGACAUCUCUGCGUCUGAUGGGUCGUGAUAUGACAGAAUUAUACAAGGAAUACCAACUGGAAAGAAACCACACCAACUUGGCAUAUGAAUCAACGCCAGGAGAAAUUGCCACAGUCAGCGUGGUUUUUGGGAUUCUGUGGUUGUUUUCAGUCUUUGGAAAUGUCCUGGUUUGCUUGGUCAUCCAUCGGAGCAGGAGGACUCAGUCCACCACCAACUACUUUGUGGUUUCCUUAGCAUGUGCUGACCUCCUCAUCAGUGUGGCCAGUGCUCCUUUUGUCUUGCUCCAGUUCACAUCUGGUAGGUGGACACUGGGUAAUGUCAUGUGUAAACUGGUAAGAUACUGUCAACACCUCACACCAGGGGUACAGAUCUAUGUACUACUUUCCAUCUGUAUAGACAGGUUCUAUACAAUAGUUUACCCUCUGAGCUUCAAGGUGUCCAGAGAAAAAGCCAAGAAAAUGAUUGUGGCAUCUUGGAUCUUUGAUGCAGCCUUCAUGUCACCUGUAUUCUUUUUCUAUGGUUCCAGCUGGGAUCAGCAUUGUAAUUUUUUCCUCCCUUAUUCUUGGGAUGGGACUAUGUAUGGUAUUAUUCACUUUCUGAUAGGUUUUGGGAUUCCAUCCUUCUUCAUUAUUAUAUUCUACCAGAAGGUCAUCAAAUAUAUUUGGAGGAUAGGCAUUGAUAGUCGAACAGUGAAGAGGACAAUGAACAUUGUUCCAAGGACAAAAGUGAAGACCAUCAAAAUGUUCCUGAUGUUAAAUCUAAUAUUUUUGCUCUCCUGGCUUCCUUUUCAUGUGGUUCAACUCUGGCACCCACAUGAAAGAGACUAUAGGAAAAGCUCCUUGGUUUUCACAGUGAUCACUUGGAUAUCAUUCAGCUCUUCAGCCUCUAAACCUACUUUAUAUUCCAUUUAUAAUGUCAACUUCAGGAGAGGGAUGAAGGAAACUUUUUGUAUGUCUUCAAUGAAAUGCUACCGAAGCAAUGCCUAUACUAUCACAACCAGUUCAAGGGUGGCCAAAAAAAAUUAUGUUGGCAUUUCAGAUAUACCUGUCACAGCCAAAACUGUAACCAAAGACUCAAUAUAUGAUUCAUUUGACAGGGAAGCCAAAGGAAAAAAGCUUGCUUGGCCCAUUCAUUCCAAUUCGCCAAAUACUUUUGUUUAAUUUCUUGCCAUUCUUUUGAUAACUAGUACGCACCAAAUAGCUUUAAAACUUCAGGAAUAGGUGGAUAUUUACUUUUUUGCAUAUAACUUUUAGGGGGAAAUGUUUUAUUUUGUUAAGAUGCAUUGAUUUGAUUGUAAUAGAGUAUUUUAAAAUAAUUUUAGUUAUUUCCUAGUUUUCAUUUACAUUAGAAUUUAUGUUGACCAUAUUUUAUAGCUAUGAAGUAGAUUGUAUUGGAAAUCAUCCAUUAAUGGUUUAAAAACAAAACCCUGCAAACCUAGCCAAGGCCAUAGAGGACACACAAAGAUCCUUUUUAUAAGUGCUACUUUUCUUGUCUGUAAAAGUGUUUUGCUACUCUGGGGCUUCCGUCACUUGGUUUCAUUUUCUCGAACCUAUGAAAUAACCCCAGGCUAAUGUUGUUUACUUGCCUUAUAAAACUAACAUUCCUCCAUGGGAAUCAUAGAUGAUUUUGGAAAACAGCAUGUGCCCUCAAGUCAGUGAUCAGUUUUGCCUCUAGGUUCUUGAUCUACUUCUUACUUUCUCUCUGAUUAUUUCCUAAGGUGAUUGAUGAAGCCCCGACAGCUUCAGCAGCCAACUUAAUAAUUUCUUCCCAUUUGUUUCUUUUUCUUUUUUUCUUUCUUUUUUUCCCCAUUUGUUUCUAAUAUGGGUUAUAUUUAGAAUGUUUAUUUCCUUUCUUUGAUCUAAAUAUUAUUGAUGCAAUUUAGUGGGUGCAUAUGCCAUGCCCAGAAAAUGCCAAGGGUAGGAGUGGCAGAUGACUUUUCCCCUUUUUUUGAUAGUUCAUAAAAAGACUAUGUGCUUCCUUCAUCUCCAUCAGUCCUCACCAUCCCAACAAUUACAUGAAACUAAAGAACCCAUCUUUCUUCCCAAGCCCCAAGGCCCCAGAUCAGAAAGCACCCUCCCAGUCAAACCCAUUUCCAUCUCAUCAUUCUUUGGUCACAUUGUUCCUCUACGUACUUCAGACCUAGCUCUCCAGUUAUCUAUCUCUCUUCUCUCCCUACCCAAUCACAUUGCUUUCAGUUAAAAAUAAAGGGCUCAUAGUAAAUUCUUGAACGCUUAUCAGAGAUCCCCUGCCUUUAAACUGUGGCCUCAGUUUACUCCUUUUACCCUCACUUCAGUUGUAAGUGACUAGGGGAUCUGUCCUAGCUGGUAGUAAGACCCCAUUGACUCUCAGCAAACCAAACCCUGCGUUCACCUCUAUACUUUUAUAGUGGAAAGAUGAUUCUACUUUGUCUUCUCACACACACGCAUGCAUGCACACACAUGUGCAUGCACAUACACACAUGCACACACGCACACCUUUCUAAAGAAAACAAGCAUAGAAAGCUUUGCCUUUUUCUUAUUGCCUCCUAGUAGCCAGCGGGGUUGGCGAGGGAAUGCUUCUCAUUCUCAGCUCUAGAAGGUUGCUGCUCCUUCUCCUUACCACUGUCUCACCUUAGAGAUAAGGUGGAACCUGAGGCUAGGGCUCAAGGCCUGGCAAUGUUCACCUUUUUGCUGGCCCCUUUUGCAAGUCACAGGUUCCUGAGCCAACCAGCAAAAAUGACCUCAUGAGUUCAGUGACUUGCCCCCAUGAACAAGUUCCAAAGCUGACAAAGAUACUCUCUGUGCCCGUUCACUUUUUGGCCCCCCCAGAACCCUUCUGAGUUUCUGUGAUCUGGUAUUUCAGACUCUUCUCAGACUAUUGCCUUUCUCAGUCCUAAAGCUGAAUGGAGCAGGCUGUGGUGCACAUUUGGAUGAAAAUCUGGACAAAUUCCCAAAACUUCAAAGAACAACAUUCAAUCUCCUCUUUGCCUAGCAACAGUCAGGAGUUAAAAACAUGAGCAGCUGGGAGGUGGGUGUUUUUUAUUCAUCUUCAUUGGAUAGCUAAGAAAACUGUGUCCUGCUCCCCAAGAUCUCACAUACGCUUGACCUAGCCAUCCAUGCAAGCCAACAUCCUGUUUCUUCUCCAUUUCAUGCUUUGACUCCUGGAAGGAGUUACCCAUAUUCAUUGCUUCCAUUGCAAUCUGGUCUCUACUGCUAAAUCAAGUGGUCCCCUCCCAGGCAUCAUUUAAUUUGACCUCUGUUAAGAUACCCCCUCCCUGCUCCUCCAGGAUAUUCCUCUCUUCCUUUGGAAACCUUCUCUUGGUUUUCCUUCUACCCGGUUGACCAUUCCUCAGGCUCCUUUACUCAAUCAUUAUUCGUUUCCCGCUCUGUCUCAUUCUCUCCCUACCUAAUGAGGUAAAUUAAUACUAGAUUGUAUUGUUUCAUAACCAGUAUUUCUCCGCAAAUCCAUCCAUUUACUCAGACCCUAAGCCAGCUUGAGCUGAGGCUCCCCUCCUCCAGGGAUGCCUAUUAUGUCUUUGCCUCUCCCAGUCAAGAUUUGGGGUGACCUGGUCUAAAAAAAUGGGGGAAAUCCUGAUGGAAAUGGCUUGGUUUUGUGACCCAGACUUCUGGGUCUCCUGGGGCAGCUAGCAUUUCUUGAGUGUCAGAGAGGGUAUGAUCAGGAACAUCUCUCUGAAAGCCUGCCCGCUCUCCCUAGCUGCACAAUGAGCCCUGCCCCAACAUCUAUGAAGUAAUAGGGAGGAGCUGAGAAAUAAUUACCCCCAUCAUUAAAAUGGCACCAAUCAAGAUUGCCUUAUGUUUACCAGGGGAGAUCCAGAUAAUGUAUUAUCAGGUCAAUCAGAUGGAAGACACACCUAGGUUUAAAUAGAGACUGAUGAGAAGACUCCUUUAUUAAUAUGCCCUGUUAAUAAAGGUCAUCUCUCUGGGAGAGUUGCCUCAGUUUACCCUUUUAAAAUUCCACUGGUGACAAUAAUCUCCUGGAGCUCUCCUAAGCAAACAUUGUGUUCAUGAGUUCCUAUAUGCAGAGGAUUCACAUGUAUUUUUCAAGCCCUAAUUUUUCACCUGAAUUGCCAACUGUUAGGCAUCUUCCCCUUGGAAGUUCCAUCAUCAUCAUGACUACAGAAUGCCCAAAACAGAACUCACUAUCGUUUCCCCUUAAUCUGGCAUCCCUCCAAAUUUCCCUAUGUCUCUAGAGGGUACUACCAACCUUCCAGUGACACGAGUUCACAACCUUCAAAUCUUCUUUGACUCUUCCUCCUUAACUCUCUACAUCUAAUAAGUGGACAAGUCUUUUUAACUCUGUCCAUAUCACAUCUCUUACAUCUAUUCCCUUGAAGACCACUUCUCAAGACCCCCAUCACCUCUAACACAGAGUACUGCCAUAGCUUCUUCAUUGGCCUCCCUACUUCUAGUCUUUUCCCUUUACAAGCUACUAUCCACAUAAUUGCUAAAUUAAUAUUUCCAAGACAUGUCUGAUCAUGUCAUUCCUGUGCAAAAGAAGAUUCUGUAACUUCAAUCUCCAAGAUAAGACAGAAAUUACUAUAUCUGUCACUUAAAGCCAUCCACAAUCUGAUUCCCCCUUUAUGGACUAAUUCCAUACUGCUUCCCUUAGUGCAUGCUACAUUCCAGAUCUCCAACCUUCGUGCCUUUGCACAGGCUUAUUCCCCAUGCCUGGGAUGUAUUCUUUUCUUCCCUCCACCCAGUAGAUUCCCUAGCUUCCUUCAAGACUCAGCUAAAAUUGAGCUCCUGUACUGAGGCUUACCUAAUUUCUCUCUCUCUCUCUCUCUCUCUCUCUCUCUCUCUCUCUCCCUCUCCCUCUCUCUCUCUCUCUCUCUCUCUCUCUCUCUCUCUCUCUCUCUCUCUCUCUCUCUCUCUCUCUCUCUCUCUCUCCCUCUCCCUCCCUCUCUCUCUCUCUCUCCUCUCUCUCUUUCCCUCCCUCUCUCUUCUCUCUCUCCUUCCUUCUCUAUCCUCUCUCUUCUCUCCCUCCCUCCUUCCCUCUCUCCUUCCUUCCCUCUCUUCUCUCUCUCCCUCCUUCCCUUCUCUCUUUCCAUUCUUCCCUCUCUCUCAUCUCUCCCUCCCUCCCUCUCUCUCCCUCCUUCCCUCUCUCUUCUCUCUCUCCCUUUCUCUCUUUCUUUCUCCUUCUCUCCCUCUCCCUCCCCUCCCUCUCUCCUACCAUAUUAGUGAGUUCUCCCACCUCAGUUCUCCUUGCACUAAAUUUAUCUGUUUGAAUAUUGAGUUCCCUAGUAGAAUGUAAGCUCCUUGGGGGCAGGGACUGUUUCAUUUUUAUUUUUGUAUUUUCAGUGCCUACCAAAGUGCCAUGCAUAUAGUAGGCAUUUAAUAAAUGUUUGUUGAAUUGAGUUGAAUUGACUAUGCAUAGUGAUACAGAGUCUACAAAGUACCCACGUCAUUGGGAUAGAGCAAGAAGAAACUAAUUGGAAGCAAUGUCUUGCCCAGCAUGCUCAAAUUCCCAAAUUGCCUUGGGUCAGUCACUUGCUUUUUUCCCCCUUUUUCUAAAGUUGUGUAUAAAAUGAGGAAUUUGAACAAUAAUAUCUCUAAAACCUUUCCUUGUCCAAUAUAUUAUUGUUUCUUUGUCUCCCAUAUAGAGGAAAAGUCACAUACAAUUAAAAUGGUCUUUGAUUU